GACUUAAUUUUUUGUAGGAUUGUGGCAGUUCCUCCAUUCCCUGGAUUGUGCAGAUUUCCCCAAGGAUGUCACUUCAAACAGUGGACAGGUGGCAACUCAAAAGCACUUAUGAAGGUUUACUUACCUGUGAUUGAAGGCUAUGUCCCAGUUGAUGUUGUG